GUUUACUGUAUAAUCACAGUGGGGGGAAAAGAGCAGGCAACAAAACUAAAGCUUUUUUACGGCAAAGUGACUGCUGCCAUGUAAAUAACCGCCAGGGAAACAAAGGGGGAAUAUCAACAGGGAUCCUUUUAGGUGUGAUGAGACAAAGGAACAAAGGAUGCCUUAGAAGAGAGGCAGCGACGAACAAGGCUGGAACCUGCUUCAAAGCACACCAGAUGGAUCUAUCGCUCCACGCUCCAUCCAGAUCAUGAAACUUGGCUAAAGCUUUAAGCGUUCUCUAUGAUCCCUUCUCCAUCUAUGGCGAACUACAGCCAUGCAGGGGACCAUAACAUCUUGCAGAAUGUCUCUCCGCUCGCCACUUUCCUUAAACUGACCUCCCUGGGUUUCAUCAUCGGUGUCGGCGUGGUCGGAAACCUCCUGAUCUCCAUCCUACUGGUCAAAGACAAGAGCCUUCAUCGAGCGCCCUACUACUUCCUGCUGGACCUCUGUGCUUCGGACAUCCUCCGCUCAGCCAUCUGCUUCCCCUUCGUCUUCACCUCCGUCAAGAAUGGCUCAGCCUGGACGUACGGCACGCUGACCUGCAAAGUGAUCGCCUUCUUGGGCGUGCUCUCCUGUUUCCACACUGCCUUCAUGCUGUUCUGCGUUAGCGUGACGCGGUACCUGGCCAUCGCCCAUCACCGCUUUUACACCAAGCGGCUGACCUUCUGGACAUGCCUGGCCGUCAUAUGCAUGGUGUGGACGCUGUCGGUAGCCAUGGCGUUCCCUCCGGUGCUGGACGUGGGCACGUACUCCUUCAUCCGCGAGGAGGACCAGUGCACCUUCCAGCACCGCUCCUUCCGCGCCAAUGACUCGUUGGGCUUCAUGCUGCUCCUUGCACUCAUCCUCCUGGCCACCCAGCUUGUCUACCUCAAGCUCAUCUUUUUCGUCCACGACCGCCGAAAGAUGAAGCCGGUGCAGUUUGUGCCCGCCGUCAGCCAGAACUGGACCUUCCACGGCCCGGGGGCGAGCGGCCAGGCCGCGGCGAACUGGCUGGCGGGCUUCGGCCGGGGCCCUACACCGCCGACCCUGCUGGGAAUCCGGCAGAACAGCAAUGCGGCGGGCCGCAGGCGUCUGCUGGUGCUGGACGAGUUUAAGACUGAAAAGAGGAUAAGCAGGAUGUUCUACAUCAUUACCUUCUUCUUCCUGAGCCUGUGGGGACCCUACCUGGUAGCCUGCUACUGGAGGGUGUUCGCCCGAGGCCCAGUGAUCCCGGGAGGCUACCUGACGGCGGCUGUGUGGAUGAGCUUCACCCAGGCUGGAGUCAACCCCUUCAUCUGCAUCUUCUCCAACCGGGAGCUCCGGAGAUGCUUCAGCACCACGCUCCUCUACUGCAGAAAAUCCAGGUUACCGAGAGAACCCUACUGUGUUAUAUGAAGGUUCGGUGGCGUUUCUUGUUUAUCCAAUGUGGUUUUUGUUUGGAUGCCCCGGUCGAUCAGGGAUGUGUUCAAUUGUACAGCUCUCUACUCCUCCUCCCAUUCCUCUCGCUCCCUUUUUGAGGCCUGUAGUUGAACCGUCUGAAUGGAAUACGAUGACGAACGGACAGAGGACACGUCCCGCGUUUAUGUUCUAGUAAACAACCGAUGCGAAAGGCCAUUUGAAACCCAACACGCAAAAAAAAAGAAGAAAAAAAAUUGAAAAAAAAGGAAAAAAUGGAAAGAAAAGAAUAAACGGAUACGUCGAGAAGGGACUGACCUUUGCUUUGGAUAUCUGGAAGACUCUGGAAAGGGUGUAAAGAAAUCAAACUGUUACCUUAAGGAAUCACUGGAAUUUGUGUCUAAAAAGUUGCACUAAUGAGAAGACCUGAAGAUGCUUUUUUCGCGCCGUCGCAUUGCAAGGAUGUCUUGUUUUUCCCAAACUGAAAUACGAAUGCUUUAAUCUGCAACAGACUUCUCUUUCACUGUAAGUAAACAAAACAUGUGGGGUGACUAACUCUGUUGGAAUACACCUUCACGAGAGGAUAAAUUGGUUUAAAUGUAAGUGAUAUCUUUUUUUCCUUUUAGGGUGGGGU